GCGUUGGGCAGCGGUGCUGAACAUUAUCCGUGGAAAGUAACUAGUUACAUUUAUUCAGGUAUUGUACUUAAGAACAAUUUUGAGGUAAUUCGACUUCAUUCGACUGUUUCUUCCACUUCAGUACUUACUCGUUACUUUUCAUUUAUGGCCCAUGCGGUCCGCCCUGGCCCCUGACAGCACCCCUACUGGUCUGAGGCGAACCUGUAACUUGGUACCGUUCUCUUAGUCCGUCAGGAGAGUCCAGAGCUCCGGUGGCGGACUGCCGUGAAUCACUCUGCAGCAUCUCCGAUUGUCUCCCGACAACUUGUAUCGGCAGCAGGAUGCUCGUGAUGAACUAGAACUAAAAGGUGUUUCCUGAGGACCUGAUAGAAGACUGGAUGUGGUUGUAACUAUGGUUACGUCAGGGUGGGGGCUGUGGGCCCUCUCCCCCUGUGGCCUUGCGCUGGUCAUCUGUUCGUCUGUGUGUCUGUCCCAGGAGCCUCGCGUCAAACCAGCAGACUGUAGUAGAAAGGAACAUCCUGUCGUCUCCUACCAAGCAUUGAGGCCGUGGGUGUCAGAGUUCUCCCAACCAGGAGUGAAGGAUUUCUCCCAUCUGUCCCUGGACCUGAGCAGAAACCAGCUCAUUGUGGGAGCAAGAAACUUCCUCUUCAGACUGAGUUUGAGCAACGCCUCGCUUAUUCAGGCGACAGAAUGGGCACCAGAUGAAGACACCAAGCGCUCAUGUCAGAGUAAAGGGAAGUCUGAGGAGGAGUGUCAAAACUACAUCCGUGUUUUACUCAUAAAUGGGAAGACCCUGUUCACGUGCGGGACCAAUGCUUUCACCCCAGUCUGCAUAACCAGACAGAUCGGUAACAUCAGUCAGGUGUUGGACACAGUGAACGGUGUUGCUCGAUGUCCCUACGACCCGCGCCACAACUCCACCGCCAUGGUGACAGAGAGGGGCGAGUUGUACGCCGCUACGGUGAUCGACUUCUCUGGACGUGACCCCGUCAUCUACAGGAGCCUGGGUAACAUGCCGCCACUGCGCACUGCCCAGUACAACUCCAAAUGGCUCAACGAGCCUCAUUUUGUGUCGGUGUACGAGAUUGGCCGGUUUGCCUACUUCUUCCUGAGAGAAACUGCGGUUGAAAACGACUGCGGGAAGAUGGUGUUCUCUCGUGUGGCCCGGGUCUGUAAGAAUGACAUGGGCGGACGCUUCCUUUUGGAGGACACCUGGACCACCUUCAUGAAGGCACGACUAAACUGCUCGCGCUCAGGAGAGAUCCCCUUUUACUACAAUGAGCUGCAGAGCACCUUUUACUUACCAGAGCAGGACCUGAUCUAUGGCAUCUUCACCACCAAUGUGAACAGUAUAUCCGCUUCUGCUGUCUGCGCCUUCAAUUUGAGCUCCAUCACCCAGGCCUUCAACGGACCCUUUCGCUACCAGGAGAACCCCCGUACUGCCUGGCUCUCCACCCCAAACCCCAUACCCAAUUUUCAGUGUGGAACGCUGGAGGAGGGAGGACCCGGAGGGAACUUGACAGAGCGCAGCCUCCAGGAUGCCCAGCGGCUCUUCCUCAUGAACGAUGUGGUCCAGCCGGUUACCGUCAACCCUCUGCUCACCCAGGACAACCUGCGCUUCUCCAAGAUGGUAGUGGACAUAGUGCAGGGCCGGGACACCCUCUACCAUGUCAUGUACAUUGGCACCGAAUAUGGCACAAUCCUGAAGGCUCUCUCCACAACCAACAAAAGCCUCCACGGCUGCUACUUUGAGGAGCUCAGGAUCCUUCCUGAAGGGCAAAUCGGACCAAUCAAGAGCCUGAAAAUCCUCCACAGUGACAGAUCUUUGUUUGUUGGGCUUGAAGACAGACUGGUGAAGAUCCCUUUAGAACGCUGCUCCAGCUAUCCCACUGAACGUCGCUGCAUGGAAGCUCGGGACCCUUACUGCGGCUGGGAUCACAAGCAGAAGCUCUGCACCACCAUCGAGGAGAGCUCCAACAUGAAUCAAUGGACCCAGAACAUCACUGAGUGCCCAGUGAGGAACCUGACACAGGAUGGCAGUUUUGGUCCUUGGGCACCAUGGCAACCUUGUAACCACGAUGACGGCGAGGGCUCCGUCAGCAGCUGCCUGUGUCGGUCCCGGUCGUGUGACGGACCAGCGGCCCAGUGUGGUGGGCUUGAAUGUAAGGGCUCAACUAUCCAGGUGGCAAACUGUUCCAGGAAUGGCGGCUGGACUCCUUGGUCUUCAUGGGGCCAGUGCAGCAGCAGUUGUGGUAUCGGUUUUGAAGUGCGGCAGCGGUCCUGCAACAACCCAUCGCCUCGCCAUGGCGGUCGAAUAUGUGUUGGCCAGGGUCGAGAGGAGAGACUGUGCAAUGAGAAAAAACCCUGUCCUCUGCCAGUGCUGUGGACAGCAUGGGGGCCCUGGGCUCACUGCAGUGCUGAUUGUGGAGGGGGGGUCCACUCCAGGACCAGAAUAUGUGAGAAUAGCAACAGCUGUCCUGGAUGUACCACGGAGUACAAGGCCUGUAACCUGGAGGCCUGCCCUGAAGUGCGUCGCAACACCCCCUGGACCCCCUGGAUGCCGGUCAACGUCAGUCAAGACGGGUCAAGACAAGAGCAGAGAUUCAGGUACACAUGUCGGGCACUGCUCCCUGACCCCCAGCAGCUCCAGCUGGGCAAGAAGAAGGUGGAGACGCGGUUCUGCCCCAACGACGGGUCCGGAGCCUGCCAGACUGACUCUCUGGUUGAAGACUUGGUGAAGACUAGUGGGCGAACACUGUCCCAGCCCCAAGGUGUGCGCUGGGGAUCGUGGGAAACGUGGUCCAGCUGUUCUCAGCAGUGUUCCGGAGGCUUCCGAACCAGGAAACGUAGCUGCUUGACAGCAGAGGGCAGGACCAACCCCAGUGCCUGUGUAGGAUCCCCAGUGGAGUAUCAGGACUGCAACACUCAACCAUGUCCAGUGAGUGGAGCCUGGUCUUGCUGGUCCUCCUGGUCCCAGUGUUCUGCAAGCUGUGGGGGUGGACACUACCAGCGGACUCGGACUUGCAGUAAUCCACCCCCUGCCAGCGGAGGAGACAUCUGUAUUGGCUUGCACACUGAGGAGGCACUCUGUAAUACACAUAUCUGUGACGGUUGGGGUGAGUGGACAGAGUGGGGGGAGUGUGAUGACGAGGGUCUGCAGCAUCGCACCCGUCACUGUGGUGAGGAUCAGGACGUCGAGGCCAUCCUCUGCCAGGGCAACAUCACCCAGUCGAGGCCAUGCCAGCCUCAUGAGGUGCCAGUUAUUUUACCUGGACAGGAGGACCAGAACUGUGGAACCUUUACUUUGUUCCAGUUGGUAGCUGUGGGCUCAGCCAGUUUCUUUGUAGCAGCGUUACUGUCAGCACUUGCCUACUCCUACUGCCACCACCUGAACCGACCAUCAGCCGAGUCAGCAGUCAUCCAUCCCAGCACGCCCAACCACCUAACCUACAACAAGCAGGGCAACACCACGCCAAAGAACGAGAAGUACAUCCCUAUGGAGUUUAAGACGCUAAACAAGAACAAUCUCCACGUGAACGAUGAGACGUGCAACCACUUCCCCUCCCCAUUGCCCUCCAGCAACAUGUUCACCACCACCUACUACCCCACCAGCCUGAGUAAAUACGACUUCCAUCCAGACUCCCCCUGUAGGACCUACAUGCACAGCUGAGAGGUGGCCUGGUUCUGAAAACGAAGCAAUCCCUACGCCCGACUUGAAGUGUUUCCUCAUUCAAAAAAUACACCAACAUUUUGAUAGAUUAUCCUGUUGGUUCAUUCUUAUGUUCCAGCCAAAUCAGAUCAGAUAGCGAGCUCUUAAAGGCUCAUUUCACCCAAAUUACACUUUUGUGAUUUUGCCUUGUAGAUAGUUUUGAUUUUAUUUGCCAAGUCUUUGAGAUGUAUCAGUUUUGUUUAAGGUGCCAACAGAAAUUGAGCUACAGCUCUAACCAGAAACUUUACACUGGAUAAUCUGCAGACCUCAAACCGUUUAACAGGGACUAUUUCUUCAGAAGAAAGUUGUUCUAAUUUGCCAAAUGUCUGUAGCAACAUUGUGGCGGCUCUUAAUUCAAAAUGAGUAACAUUUAUGUGUUGCCACAGCAUGCAAAGCAAUUUCAAGUGAGCACACAGAAAUGCCAUCUGAAGUUUCAGUGAAGAAAAGAAAACCAAGGGAUUUGUCAUUGCAUUGAGACACUUUGGCUGGCUUUAGAUGUUUGUUAGCCAGCUGAAGAUUUGGUCACAUUGGCCUUCUGCACCAAAUCCACACAUUCAUUCAGCAAGAGUGAUGCUGCAGUUUGUAUUCUGGUAGUGUUUUAUUCUACAAAACAAAGGUCUAAGUUCACAGGAAAAUAUUGGACGAAGGUGAACUCUGACUCAAACAUCUGCUGGAGUCAACCUGAGUGAGCCAUCAGCUUGAAUAUUAAUGUGACCGCACCUUGAGGACCUUAGAGUGUUUCAGAUCACUGUGUUUUCACUAAAUCUCUUGUGAAAAUGUUCUUGGUUUUUUUUGCCAUCCUUCAGAAUUUAUUUGUGGUGAAAAAAAGAAGCGACUGGUUAACUGGAUGCACAGACAGUUCACAGCCAAUCACCAACGAGGAGCAACAGCUGUCCUUAUCUUAAAGUGUGGGAUGUGCAAGCUACAGUGGCGUGAUUGCAGAGGCACACACCAGCCCACACCUUCAAGGAGGACCCAUGUUUUCAUUUGCUCUUUAAAUAAGAGCAGCACCUACCGUUCAGGUGUUCCCAUUUCCUCUUACUUCACCAACCCUGCGGUGCUCUGUAGAGCCUCAGAACUGUGGAGCCUCAAAGAGACUUCAGACACUGUAUGUACCUGGAUUUCCACUUGGCAUAGAAGAGUCUCUUUCCUUUUUCUUUUCUUCACUUUACAGUAUUAGUGAGUCCUCUGAAUCUACCCGCUGAAAUUAUCUGGCUCAGACAUGUAAGUGUGGGUUGCCGUUAAUAAAGACUGGCAUCUGUGAUGAAAAAACAGACAGAUAAAAUGAUGCGUCGUAAGAAACUUCAUCCCUCACUGAGUGUGAAUGCAUGCAGGGGAAGAAAUGACUUAUUUGCUUUAAUUUUCUUGUUUGGCUGAUUCCACAAUGAAAAACAGAUGUGACUGUUUGUAUUGUACUGUAUCUAUAUCUACUGAAACAAAAUGAUUUGAAUUUGUAAACUCAUGGGGGAUUUUUUUUUGUCAGUCACCCUCCUUUUUUUUCCACAUGUUAAAGCAGUAAGGUUAUUGUUCACAAAUCACCAAAAAUUAAACAGCUAUAACUGUAUAUUUCAGAGCCUCUCACCAGAACAUGAACGCACCAUAAAUCAGUCACAGGGUCCUCGCUUUCAGUGCCAUGCAAGAAAAAGGUAACUCAACAAUAUGUAUAACUGUGAUGAACUGACUUGCUUGAGCAGCUUUUUACAUUUUGUUUUUACUGAAAUGAAUGGAGGACAAAGGCUGCCCAAAAGCAGGACAAAAUCUAAAAGACUUUUAUAUGUAGAAAAUGUUCUGCCGCCAUGUAAUAAGUUAUAAGUUUUUGAUAACAUGUGCUUAACACUGGUUUUGCCAUUUAAGGAAAACAACAUGGACUAAAUGUAACAGUGAGCACAUUUGGAGAGAACAAAAAAAAUAUAUAUUACUUGGCUUUUUACUCUUCUGUGUCUGCAUGGAUUUCCUCUGGGCGGCCAAGCUUCCUCCCACAGUCCAAAAACAUGCAGGAUAGAUGAAUGAGACACUGACUUGUCCAUAUGUGAAUGUGAGUAUGAAUAUCUCUGUCUAUAUCUGUCUACCCUGUUGUCACCAUAACAAUAUAAGGAAUUCAGUGGUCACAGAAGACCUUUAAAACAAAUUCAUCACCAUCUAAGCCACAUUUCAGGACAAUUUUAACAUUUAAGCUGUUGUGUUUCUGAAUACCAAGAAAUGAAUUCAGGUGUCAAAUGGUGUCACCACUCACAGUGUUAAUCAGCAUAAAACAAAGAUCUGAUAAUAUACAUUCACUUUUGGGUACUUGCAUACAAGUGACUGCAUGCGCUCUUGGAUGAAACUGUACAAACUGUACAACUGUACGAAAUAUGUCUGUGGAUAUUCUCAUUCAUCCAGGUCAAAGCUGUCUCAGGGAGAUUGAAUCCAACACACUUGGACUUGGUUAAUAGCGUUCAAGUCCAGUUGUGUUCAAUUCAGUCCCCUUGAGAUAACUGUAAUAUGUUGUUGUUGUGUGUAUUUGGCCUAAAAAAAUGUAAAUAUUCAUUCUCAUGGGGGUGUCCUCACUGUCUUCACAUCUCUUCACAGUUUGCAAAUGAAUUACGAAUUUGUUUUGCUCCCAAAACACACUGAUGGGACUUUGAUUUAACACUGCCUUUUGGACACUGUGAACUUUUGGAACUUUCUAUUUUUAUAUAAUGUACACUGUAAAAAAAAAAAUGAAUAAAUCAGUUUUGGUGCCACCAUUUUGGUUAUCUAUGCUAGAAGUUUAGCCAAAGUGUCCUUUUACCACAUUACUUUUGCUAGCUUAAGAUAAGCUAGCCUUUGAUAAAUAUUUUGGUAUCCCACAAAUACUGCUGUAUCUGCGCAAUAGCUUUAACUAUCUUAAUAAUCUUAAUAGGGCUAAUCAAUUACAGUGUACUGUAAUUAGUCAAAUACUGUACCUCUGAUUUACUAACAGGGUAUCAAAGAUCUGGGAAAAACCUGAAAAUAUUCACAACUGAGAAACAAACCAGUAAAUUUUCAGAAUUUUGGCUAAAAAUGAUGCAAACUUUGAUCGACUAAUUGAUUAAUUGGCUAAUCAUUUCAGCUCUAGAGGAAACUUUAGUCCAUCUUGCUUCGAUGUAUUGAUCAUUUAUUCACAGUCAACUAAAUACCUGGA